AUGUCGGACUACGCCAAACUCGUCCAAUCGCUCUCAAGAGAUGAUAUCUUGAGCAAAUGGCCAGAAGUGACGCCCUUGAAGCAAAUCUCUGGAACCCCCACGUCGGCAGAGAGUUCAAGUACUGUUGACUCACAACUUUUCGAGGGACACGAUAAAGAGCAGAUUAAGCUCAUGGAAGAGUUGUGUAUUGUGCUCGACUACAACGAUACUCCUGUGGGCGCUGGAACAAAAAAGGCCUGUCACAUUAUGGAUAACAUCAAUGCUGGCUUAUUGCAUAGAGCGUUUUCGGUUUUUCUUUUCAAUGAAGACAACAAGUUGUUGUUGCAGCAAAGAGCCGACGAAAAAAUUACUUUCCCAAACAUGUGGACCAAUACGUGCUGUUCGCACCCGCUUUGUUUCCCAUCUGAGCUUGGCUUGGAAGCAUCUGAGAGCACUGGUAAUCUCAAUGACUUGCAGACAGCUGUUGCCGGGUCUAAGAUUGCAGCACAAAGAAAGCUUUUCCACGAACUCGGUAUCCCAGCGCAAGACUGUCCCAUAGACAAGUUCGAGUUCUUGACCAGAAUUCACUACAAGUCUGCCAGCGGAGAUGAAAGUUCCAAAUGGGGCGAACAUGAAAUCGACUACAUUUUGAUCUUGAAGACAAGCAAUUCAAUCACCAUCGAUGCCAACUACAAUGAAGUCAGGGACUUCAAGUAUGUCAGCAAACAGGAACUUAAAGACAUGUUCAACGACGAGACCCUCGUAUUUACACCAUGGUUCAAGUUGAUUUGCGAAACGUCAUUGUUCAAGUGGUGGGACAACUUGGACAAUCUUUCUGAAUUCAGCGACACUGAGAUCCACCGCCUUCUUUAA